AUGCCUUUGAUCGAUCCAGUGACCAUGUCGCAGCCUGCUGGCAAGGCUGGCGCCACGCAGUCGACAAAGGCCAAAGACAGCGUCUCCCUUACACAACCUGUACCCAUCAUGCCCUCGUCGCAAGCUCAAGCUGUCAAGCAUGUCCACCCAGUCAUAUUACUCUCAUUCUUUCUCCUUCGGUUCAAUGCUCUGGUCGCUGAUCCAGUUUCAACUAUGACGACCUCGCUUCCAGUGGUCCUGGCCAUACAAGCAGCAUACACGAUAAUAUGCCUGCCGGCAGUGGGUUCGCAAGCAGCGAAGCCAGCCAAGAAGCUUCGACCGGGCGAAAAGAAGAAGCCCGGCUCGGAGGGUGCAGGGUCAAACAUCGCCGUGACUACUCUUGUCGCCCUUAUGCUGUCAAUUGUCGCGGCUGUGGUCCUGCAUGUAGUGCUUGUCCUGUUCGGAGCGCCUUUCUUGACUCACCUUCCUCAAACGUUUCUCUGCUCGCUUCAGCUGUCUGUCCUCGGGCUGUUUCCGCUGUUCUACACCCGCGGCGUGUCGAACAAGGAGUGGCUCGAGAUUUUGAGUGCCAGUGCCCCCUUCGAUGAGGCCUUUGGAGGCAUGAUAGGGGCCUCUGUUGGAGCGUGGCUUGGAGCCGUGCCGAUCCCGCUGGACUGGGAUCGCGAAUGGCAGAAGUGGCCCGUUACCAUACUGUGUGGAAUUUACGCUGGCUACGUCGUGGGCAAGCUGCUUGGCGGUACUGUCGCCUUUGGGAAACGUUUCGGCUGA